CAAGAAAAUCGCAGAGGAGCGGAGAGGAAAACAGUGAGGAGAAGGAGGAAAAAGCAGAACAUGGAGCCGAACAGCUCGUUUAUUUUGACCGUGGGACCUUCCUCCGGUGCUGGACUGUAGCUUUCCUCCUGUGUCGCACAGCUGCUCUGUUAUGUCGGGCAGCCUGAGGGGGRAAAUGUCCGGGAAUAGAGGAAAUCUCUAAGAAAAAAAAAAAAAACUGCGCCUUGCUGAAACAGAAGGACAUAAAACUGAAGAUGGUGCUCAUUUAACGGGAGGCUUCAAACACCAGCCAAAGUUUGAGCCAUUUAUUUAUUAUUUAUUUUUGGUGUUGUUGUUAUUUUAGCAGAAUUUUGUUCUCUUUACUUUUUCUUUUUCCUUUUUUUUCUUCUUUAACUGCCCGGAAUUCCUCUGGACGCGAUGUCAUCCGCAUUCAGGAGGAGCUGCUCUGGCUGAGCGAGCCUCCAGCAGCACACACACACACACACACACACACACACACAUAUAUACACACCACACACACACACACACACACAGGGACGAUGGGAGAUGCGGCAGAUGACAGAGGGAUGAGGCAAACCUUCAUCGUCCCUGCCAUCAGGAGCUUCGACCACUACGACUUCACCAGGGCCAAGAUCUCCUGCAGCCUGACGUGGCUGGUGGCCAAGGCUUUCGGCUCGGAUGCCGUACCAGAGGAGCUGGCUGAGCCCUUCUACAGGGACCAGUACAACCAGGAGCACCUGAAGCCUCCGGUCGCCUGCCUGCUUCAGUCUGCAGAGCUGUACUGCCGUGCAGGAAGCCUGAUCCUCCGCAGUGAUGCUGUUAAACCUUUACUGGGACACAACGCUGUCAUUCAGGCCCUGGCACAGAAGGGUCUUUACGUCACCGACCAGGACAGACUGGUCACGGAGAGAGAUCUGACCAGCACACCGAUACACAUGAGUUCCCAUCUGGCGCUCAUCGACACCCUGAUGAUGGCGUACACCGUGGAGAUGGUGAGCGUGGAGAGGGUGAUGUCCUGCAUCAACAGAUACUCGUCCGCCGAACCCGCCCACAGCGACGGACUUAUUCAGGGGCUGCCGUACGACACCGAGGACGCGAUCACCACCUGGAUCAACAAGAUAAACGAACACCUGAGGGACAUUCUCAUCGCGGAGCAGAAGUUACGAGAAACUUUCMUACAGGAGUCAGCCACCACAACACAAAAAUCUUCUAGCAAAUGGUACUGGAGAUUAGUACCUGCCCGGUACAGGAGGGAGCAGGCUCAGAGGAGUGCUCCGCCGCUCCCCCUGGUGGAGAACCUGCUGAAGGACAACACAGACGGCUGCGCCCUCACCGCCCUGCUGCACUUUUACUGCCCACAGGCCGUCCGGCUGGAAGACAUUUGCCUGAAGGAGACCAUGUCUCUGGCUGACAGUCUGUACAACCUGCAGUUGGUGCAGGAGUUCUGCAGGAACAACCUGAAUCACUGCUGCCACUUCAGCCUGGAGGACCUGCUGUAUGCACACGCUUCAGUAAAGAGUAACUACCUGGUGUUUAUGGCUGAACUCUUCUGGUGGUUCGAAGUGGUCAAGCCUUCAUUUGUACAACCCCGAGUCUUCAACCCAAACGUGUGUGAGCCGGUAUCAUCCUGCACAGAUAUGGCUCCUGAGUCCAGUCCAGUCAAACAGAACUAUGCAGACAGACCUUCCAGCCCAGAAAACUUUGCUGCUGAAGGUGUAAUGAAGAGGUCUACCUCCAUGUCCUACGUUGAUGACUGCAUCAGGACGUGGCCCAAAGAAAAAACCUCUUCCUCCAGGGGAAUUUCCUUCGAGAUUUCUUUAGAUGGAGACCAGCCCUUCAAGGCUCCRUCGCCCCGUGGUAUGACCCGCUCGGCCAGUAGUGAUGGUCUGGGGUUCAGAGUUCACUAUGCGUCUCGCGGAGGCAUGAAGCGGCACCAUUCGCUCACACCCGUCGAUGCGAACGGCCCGARCAAACAAAUACUGGAGGAGGAGGAGGAGUUUGUCUCUCACAAACCUGUAGGGCGGAACAACACGUUCUCUGUCAAGAACCAAAGCAGGUACUCCAAUGGAAUCUUACCAAACAGCAACAGCCCCAGGAAGUGCCAAGGUAACUACACGGGUCUUGUCAGUCCAUCGACUCCUCCGAGCAUCGAGGAGGCCCUCAAGAUUAUUCACGACACAGAGAGGCCCCACGCCAGCCUGGGCAUCGGAGAUGGAGAUGGUGGCUUCUUCCUGCAUGACGCAGAGCCGUCAGACCCCCCGGGGGCCCGAGCUCAAGAUGACGACCCGAGUUCCUCGAAGGCGCGACUCAAUGACCGCGAUCCCAACUCCGCAUCCACCGAUGAGGUCGACACGGGCAUCCACGUGCGGACCGAGGACAUCCAGAGUUUGGACGACGACACCUCGUCUCUGAAAGACUAUUCGGACAUAGACCCGGACUGUGACGCCACGACCCGGUCCUGUCCUCUGCCAGGCAGGCCGGAGAAGAGCAGAAGCAGCGAAGGAGGACAGAAAGAGGCCGAUAACCCUAACCCCGAGGGUGAACGGAGGGACGGAGGCGAUCGGGGCAGCCCCUGUCCCAGUUCAGCUCCCACACUGCCCAGAUCAUACACGGCGAGUCCCGCCUCUUCGUCGGGCGGGUCCGGCGGAGGCCUGGUGCGGAUGACCAGCUUCGCGGAACAGAAAUUCCGAAAGUUAGAGGGGCGGAGCAGCGGAGGGACCACGCCGGACAGUUCUGAUCUGAAUGUACCGUACACACACUCAACGAAAGCUGCUUCUUCUCAGUACUCUACCCCUCCACUGCCGAUCACUUCGCCCUCUCCAAUCACCUCAUCACCCAGAGACCCCUCCCACCUCAUAGCCUCAGAAAUGAUUCAGCUGCGGAUGAAGCUGGAAGAGAAGCGUCGAGCAAUCGAAGCUCAGAAGAAGAAGGUGGAGGCUGCGUUCACAAGGCAUCGUCAGAAAAUGGGCCGAACAGCCUUUCUGAACGUUGUGAAAAGGAAAGGUGUGACCGCCCCGCUCAGUCCAGGAGCAGCAGAAACGCCUUCGCCCGAGCCGCCGUCCUUCUCCAAGGAGAGCAGCCAGCACAGCAUGGAGCGCGCCGAGCGCUGCAAGCCUGACGGGGCAGCCCCCAAGUCCCCCUUAGAAGAUGGCGGCGGUGUGGCGCCGGGGGAGACGGACCUGGCGGAGUACACGCGCUCCAUCGAAAGGCUGAACACGUCGCUGUCCUUCCUGCAGACGGAGAUGCAGCGUUUGGCUCAGCAGCAGGAGAAGAUCAUGACCAUGAGGGAGCAGCACCAACAAGCCUGGGUCAUCCCACCUCCCGCACCCUCUCCACACAGGCAGCUCCGUGAGCUGCGCAGCAGCAGCGUAACGGGCCGGGGAUCAGGCCGAGGGUCAGUAGGAUCCCUGUCUCCUGUCUUGUCCUCUACUGGGUCCCCCCGCGCCCCCAACCAUUCGCCUGCCGGCCUCAAGCGCCGACCGGCAUCCUUUCACGCCCGAACGCCUCGGACCCCACGUCCAAAUGACCUGAAGGUCACGCCCAUCAGCCGAAUGCUCAACACCCCCACCUCAGUGGACAGCCUGCCCAGACUGAGGCGCUUCAACUCCAGCCAAACCCAGCACUGCUCCUUUGCCUACCUGGGCCACGACGAGGGGGCCAGGGAAACAAACAACCGGGACCCCAAGGACAACAAAGAGAAGACAGAGGAGGCGGGGGYGAAAACGAGUGGUGAAGAAGUGGCCAAAGACAAGCAGGAAGAGAGGACAGAGCUUAAAGAGGAGACGCCCGAGGUGUUGCAUCAGCCGGUGUCUGAGCUCAAAGGGACUCAGGGAGACCCUCAGGACAGGAGAGACCUGGUGGAGGUGUCUCUGUCUCAGUUGAAGCUUUCAGGCGACCAAGAUCAGGAGAUCACAAGAAAUGGAGAAAAAGGAGGAGAAGACCAAAAGAUGUGUUGUGGAUUCUUCUUUAAGGAUGAUGUGAAGGGAGAGGAGGACAUGGCCACGAAGAAAGCAGCUCUGCUGGAGAAGAGGCUGCAGAGGGAGAAGGAGGCUCAGGGGAGGAGGCAGCAGCAGGAGCAGGACCAGGAGCAGAAGAGGGAAGCUGCACGGUUGAAAGCAGAGGAGGAGCAGCAGAAGAAGGAGGACGAGAAGGCGCGGCGGGAAUACAUCAAGAACGAAUACUUGAGGAGGAAGCAGCUCAAACUGAUGGAGGACAUGGAUGAAGUCAUCAAGCCUCGAACCGGGAGUCUGAAGAAAAAGCCUCGGCCCAAGUCCAUCCACAGGGAUGUCGUGGAGUCGUCUGCUCCACUUGCAAGAGCGACAGGGGUGCGUCCUCGAGGCUUCUCUGUGUCUAGUGUCUCUUUGGCUUCACUCAAUCUGGCCGACAACGACAGAGACCAGCCAGAUAACAAGAGGAACAACAGAGGCAACAAAUUAGCUUCUGCUCAUGUUCCGUUUUUUUUAAGCUCCUCCCCCAAAGAAAGAAAGGGAAGGCCAGACUCCGCAGAGGGCUUCUCCUCCUGUCCGUCGGCCGGCAGCCGCAACGGGGAGAAGGAUUGGGAGAACGAUUCAAACACCUCCUCCACUCCCUCCAACACGGAGUACACAGGACCCAAAUUAUAUAAGGAGCCGAGCGCCAAAUCCAACAAACACAUCAUCCAGAAUGCCCUGGCUCACUGCUGCCUGGCUGGCAAAGUCAACGAAGGACAGAAAAACAAGAUACUUGAUGAAAUGGAUAAAUGCCAGGCCAAUAACUUCCUGGUGUUGUUCCGCGACGCUGGAUGCCAGUUCAGAUCCGUUUACACCUACUGCCCCGAGACUGAGGAGAUGGCCAAACUGGCCGGCAUCGGCCCCAAAAGCAUCACYCCCAAAAUGAUCGAGGCUCUCUACAAGUACAACUCGGACAGGAAGCAGUUCAGUCGGAUCCCAGCRAAAACCAUGUCGGCCAGCGUGGACGCUAUCACCAUCGCCAACCAUCUGUGGCAGAAUAAGAAGCAGGGGACGCCCAAGAAACAGCCCAAGUAGUUCCAGAUGGCGUCUGGUCAUGCUCUGCUGGAACUGAAGGAAGAAUUUGUGGAUUAUGCUUUUUUCAUAUAUAUAUAAUAAAAACUGGAAUGUUGGAAACAAUGUUACAGAUACUAAAACACAAAGCUGGCUGUGACACAACUUCAAUGAGACAUAAGUGUGUUUUUGUCAGCAUGUGUCGAUGUUCCCAUGUGCCAAAAAAUUUAAAAAAAAGAGAGGAGAGCCUUACCGAGCCGAACCACUGAAGCGCUGAAUGUCCCGCCUCUCACGGGCUGUUGGGGUUCUCUAAGAUGAUCAUGUGUAGCCUUAUGCUUGUUUUGUGUCACAUGGAUGCACCAUGGGUGUUUGUGUCAUUUCAUUCGUACCUGUUCAAAAAGUCUUCUCGUCGUGUGUGUGUGUAUGCACACAGGUCUGAGAUCAGAUUACGCCUCCUCCCAAAGGGUGGGCCGUCUGUGAUCAGAAGCAGCAUUCUCUGGUGUGUUCUGCUGCUGUGAAGGCAUGUAGUUCAGCUUUUUAUACAUGCUACUGACAAACUUC